GGGACUCCUCUACCGUGCUACCUUCCUCCCGUCGUUGCAUUUGUCGUUGGUCGUUCCAAUUUGCGUUCAAUCUUUCACGCGAUCGAUCUGGUCAAACGAACACCGCUCAUCGAUUAAGCUAUCAAUCAAGACAAAGAACAACGAGCUUAAAACAACCACUCCGGCUCAAUAAAUACCAACACCAACACCAACAUCUAUAGGAUAGAAUCAAACCAUCAUGAUGAGGUUGAAAAUGGGGAAGAAGCACAAGGAGAAGGUAAGGAACGGCGCUGUACCUUAUUCGUAAUCGUAGCGUGGUCAUUUCAGCAUCAAAUUUUUUCCGGUUCGCCUCGCGUUGUCGGAUUUUGGCUUCCACAAGGGUUUUGGUUUUGAAACUGUAUUGAAUGGUUUUAAACUUCACGAACGGAUAAGCACGGAAUAAACCAAUCUGAAUCAAUCUGAAUGAUCCGAUCCGAUCCGAUCCGAUCUGAUCUGAUCCGAUCUGAUCCAUUCGACCAAUCCAACGCCAACGCCAACCGACUAGCAAAAAACAAGGAAAUUUCCCAGAACCGAGUUGCGCCCGAGACCAGUCUGAACCAGUUCAUACUCGUACCAAUGAAACGAAUGACUGAAGCCUUAGCCAUACCUCCCCUGGCCGUCUGCAUCACGCAGCUUACUACGAUGGUGUGGGACAGAACCGACCCGCACGUGCGGAAGGAUUGAAGCGACAUGGAAGCUUAUCGCAUCGACGCCAUCCUUUUCUUACGUUUGGAAUGAAGUAUAUCUGUUUCGUCAUUGUGUGUACUCUGUGAUUGACUAGAAUCGGAUGGCAUCGCAUUAUGUUGCAUUCAUUGUAUCGCAUCGCAGCUUCCAAUGUACGAAGUAUAACUUAACCUCCAGUGAUUUGUGCGUUCCAAUGACGAAGAAAUGUUCGACGGAACGCUUCGAAAUCUUUUUCUACUAAACACUAACCUCUUUCACAAAUCGUUUUUGAUUCUAAUGCGAUUCUACGAUGUCAUUCGAAUUGAAUAUGAUCCAACUCAAGAACGACGACUCUUCGUCCAACAAUACUUCCACCCAGCCCUCGGGAAAGUCGGCGCGAUCCAGCAACGCUACCACCAACAAAACAACAAACAACAAUAAUGCGUCCUCUACAGCACACAGCAAAACCCAACCAAACGAGGGCAUUGUCACAAAUGCUAGCACUUCCUCAAAACGUGGUUCAUCGAACACUAAAUCACCAUCUUCUGUUAACAAGAGCAACGAGCUCGAAAAGGUCUACGUCCAACACCCAGGAGCCGAUCGAUCCGCCCUCAAGGAAUUACCCGCACUUCGAGACGCUCCUCCUGCGAAGCGAGAAGAACUCUUCGUCCUCAAGCUUCAGCUCUGCUCGGUCAUUUUUUCCUUCGACGAUCCCAUGACCGACAAACGCGGCAAGGACAUGAAGCGUCAAACUCUUCUGGAGCUGGUGGACUACGUUAACACCCCGGCUGGUCAAAAGAUAUUCACCGAAUCAGUUAUGGGUGACCUGAUGGCUAUGGUAGCAGCGAAUGUGUGCCGGGCCUUGCCGCCGGCAACUGACGACUUCGAUCCGGAAGAAGACGAACCGGUUUUGGAGCCUGCCUGGCCUCAUCUACAGGUGGCUUACGAAUUCUUUUUGCGAUUCAUUGUUAGCUCGGAAGUGAAUGCCAAGGCAGCGAAGAAGUACGUCGACCAGAAGUUCUGUCUCCAGUUGGUGGAACUCUUCGAUUCGGAAGAUCCACGGGAACGAGACUACCUCAAGACGAUCCUCCACCGUAUAUACGGAAAAUUUAUGUCCCACAGAUCCUUCAUCCGACGGGCCAUUUCCAAUGUUUUCUACCGGUUCGUCUACGAGACAGAGCGCCACAACGGGAUUGGCGAGCUUCUCGAGAUUCUUGGAAGCAUCAUCAACGGCUUCGCAAUUCCCCUCAAAAAGGAACACUUGCAGUUUUUAGUGCGCGCUCUUAUUCCAUUGCACAAACCCAAGUGCGUCGCCCUCUACCACCAGCAGCUCUCCUACUGUAUCAUUCAGUACGUCGAAAAGGACGCAGACACUGCCACACCUAUUCUCAAUGGAUUCUUCAAGUGCUGGCCGUGGUCCUCCUCGGGAAAGCAGGUCAUGUUUCUAAACGAACUAGAAGAAAUCCUGGAAUUGCUCGGUGCUGAUCAGCUUGCCCAGGUUUCUGACAUGCUCUUUACAAACCUGGCUCGCUGCCUCGAUUCGGACCACUUCCAGGUGGUCGAACGGGCCCUUUUUUUGUGGAAUAAUGAGCACCUGGUCAAUUCGGGAUGCCUCUCGCGCCUGAACGCCCAGGCCGUCCUGCCCAUUAUCUACGGGCCUCUCUACAAAAACUCGAGCGGGCACUGGAAUGCAACCGUUGAGGGACUCGCCCAAAAUGUUCUCAAGAUGUAUAUGGAAUACGAUUUAGUUUUGUACGAUCGCUGCACGGCCAGCUACUUUCAGAAGGAGGAAGACGCCAAACGCAAACUCGCCGCGUUGGAGGACCGCUGGACGGCAAUCGAGAAGGUGGCGUCGACAAACACGCCAUCAAUCUUGGUCAGUUAGUUUUGGCAAAACAAACCGAAAGGAUACAAUUUUAUCGGGAACUUCAAAGAUGCCAGAAGUGAGGGAUGAAGCAAUAGGCGAAUCACCGCUUCUUACUCGAGGCUGUUAUUGUAAUGUUUUGUGCAAAAAUUUGCGUUCAUGCAUUUGCAUUUGAUACUUUCGCAUCAAGAUCUGUGGCAUUGCAUACAUGUAGUAUGUUUUUGGUCGCGUUUGUAACCUAUCCCAUGACGCAACGCAUCGUACGUCAGCUUCUUCCCACUUUCCAUCUUGAUCAUUGCAAUAGAAAGCGAAUCCGUUUGCGAACGAAACCGAUUCGACUUCCUUCAUAACACAAACUCAGGCUGUGGUCUAAUCGUUGCUCUCAUUCAGUAGGAAAAGAAACCUACGAAAUAGAUUACUCGCAAGACUUUGAUAAUCAGAAACGUCAUACGAAUGGAAGAUAACUAGCUUUCCUUCUUUCGUCAGAAGGCGGACUUUUGCUAUCGCAGCCCUUUGAUUUGUUUCAUAGUAGAACGCAUAUGCUGCCACUACUCACAAUGCCAUCGAUUCGAUACUGUAACUUGCUGUUUCUGACAAAAAUGAAAGUUUCGAAAAAGAUUGCUGUACGACGGACGAUAUUGGGUAGCUCAGUAGGCAUUAUUUCCCCUCUAUUACUGAAAGAACUCGCACUCGUAAUUCCCUCCUACUAGUGUACGAAAGCGUUUUGUUGAUUCCAACGCCUACGCGACUACUACUUAACUGAAUGGUGAAUGUGUAAGUAGAGGUAAAUGUUGUUGAAGUAGAUUGAACUAAUAGAAAGUGAGCUUAGUCUCUCUGUGUCUAAAUGUUKGGUUUCUCUCUCUGUUUGCUGUUUUCCCUCGUGUUGUGAUUACCCAGAACUGAAUUCCUAAUUUCUCUUAAAGACUUUCUGAUUUGAAUCGUGUUACGUCAUUCGUGCGUUUAUUGUCUCCAACAGAUUUGCUUUGUCCACAAGCUUAAAAGCAAAGCGCAGAACAUUGGCGCGAACAUCUGGACUUUGUUAACGCCUAUGGUGGUUCCAGCGCUCCCACCAAAGAUCGAACCCAAAAUGUCGCGAACGCACGUUCCCGUGCCCGUGGCGGUUUCGGGGAGCUCCGAUAUUUCGACCGAGACCGACUGAGAGCCGGAGUUGCAGCUGGAACCCCCGUUACUGGUGACGGAAUUGCACGUGGCAAGGUUGGCCGUGCUAGCGCCGUUGAGAGUCAGAGAUCCAGCAGCGACGUCGCCCGUGGCGGUGACCGUGGAAGCACCAUUGAGCGUUCCAGAUCCACCGAUGCCUCCGUCGAUGGAGAGCGACGAAGCACCAUUGACCGUGAAAGACUCGUAGGAAGGAGUUUUGGCAACAACCGUCGAAGCACCAUUGAUGGUGCCUCCGGAGACGUUAGCGUUGGACACGAGGGUCACCGUGGAGGCCCCAUCGGCUUGGACCGAAGUUGGGACCCCAUUCGUGGUAAUAGUUGCGGUGAGCGUAGAAGCACCGCUCGCAUGCAGCCCGGAGACGGCUUCAAAACCGUCGAGGACCUGGGCGGAUGUCCCCCCGCCCACGUGCACAUUAUUGAGCUGACCGGCCGGGACGGCGAUGCGAACCCCUGCGCCAUCGAUUGCUGUUUCGGCGACACUCAUGUUGAAGGAAAAGGAGAGUUUUCCCCCGCUCGAGGAAACCUCGACUAGAUUUGCGGGAUAUGUGAAGACCGCUACAUCAGUUGCUGGAGUGAUGGUCCAAUAGGUGUUGGGAAUCUGAGAAAAUCCCUUGCAUACUGGAGAAAUAUCGAUUUCUGUAACUUCGCCCAAGUCGCCGGCGAUUUGAGAGAAUUCUGCGGCUUGGGAUGCUGUUGCGAGAACAGCUAGAGCGGCAAGGAAACGAUCGGUGAACAUUGCUUU